GGAUGUUGUAAAGUUUCAACGCAUCCUUCAGUAUGUCCUCCACAGCUACCAUCAGGAGGUGAAGAAAGUCAUAGAUGCGGCUCAAGGUAGCUGAGAAAGGUUCAAGGAGGGGAUGCAGAGGAAAUACCGCCUGGGAGACGGGUUGUUGACUACCACGGACCUUGAAGCGAUGAACAAAGAGGAUUUUACGACUAUAGGGGCCUUUGUUCAAGAAUUUAAGAAGAGGGCGCGGAAGGUCCAUGGGAUUUCGGAGGAAGCACAGUGCGCCAUCUUCCUUGGGCUACUCACAGCAUCAGAGGCUGUCGAGUUGACAAGACAUGGAGGAGGUAGCACUAAGCUCACCUGGGCCACCAUUGACGGAGGGGUGGAAGUUGGGUGCUUGGACCAGGUGGAACAACGUCUGGUACGCCUGCAAAGGCAGAUGAGAAAGGAAAGAGAUGCGACCGCUUCUGGGACCCCGGGAGUAACAAGGAUUGUUACAGACGUAUUGGCACAGCUAGGGUAUGCGACAGAGCCGGUGGUGCAAAGGAGGGUGGUGACGGCUGUUAAAGUAAAAGGAAAAGAGUCAGUGAUAGAGGAGGCUGGCCAGGAGGAGCUCUGGGAAGAGGAAGAGCCGGUGCCGCAGCACCUGACGAAGGUCCAGCGCAAAGGUGAAGGGCAUGGAGAGCAGGCAAAGGAGGUGCCGCGAGAGGAGGUGCCACAGGAAGAGGUCCGGGGUACUGAGCGAGAGAGAGGGCUGGGCGAUGAGGGGAGACGUGCAGGGAAAGAAGUGAUAGAGGUUGAAGAGGACACGCCCCCACAGACGCCAGCAGUAGGUUUGAGACUCGAGGAUGCACCAGGGAGCACCCGGCCGAUAAAUGAGGGGUUGCAGAGAAAGGAGACCCCUUUACCUUCGUCAGAAAAGACUCCUUCGCCAGAAGAGAGGGCAGCUGUAAGGAGAGAAACUUUUAUCGUGAUUGAUAGGCACCUAGCAGCUCAUGCCCUGGAGCACCCAGACCUGGAGGAGCCAACACCUGCAGAGCCACGCCAGGAGUCAGGUCAGCCCGAGAAGGAAAUGGAAGCAGAAAUCCCAAAGAGGGUCGACCUCCGCACGAGGGAAAGGGUGCCAGCUGGAAAGACGGCUGAAGAAAAGAGGGCAAGACGAACCAGGCGGAUAGAUGAGAUAUGGCAGGAGAGGCAGAGGUUGGAGGCAGCAGGGGAGCUCCCGGAGCAGCAGCAAGAGAGGCAGAGAUCGGAGGCAGCAGGAGCACUCCCGGAGCAGAGAGGAGAGGAGCUUCCAUCGCCAGUCAGAGCCGGGUUUGGGGUGGCCAGGAAGGCGGAAGAAAGGUUAGAUCGUAAAAUCAAGUUCCUGGCCAAGACCACUUUUGACCGACACUUGUUAUUAGAGGGCGAUCUGGCGGGGAAGAAAAUGAAGGAAGCCAGCCAUGGAGUACGUCUGGAGGCUAUGGAGAUGGAAAUUCAGGAACUUAGGGCUUUGGUGGCCAGCCAGGCAGCUAUUAUUGAGAGCCUGAGGCAGCAAACCCAGGGAAAGGYGGACAGACCAGAGAGCAGCCGACAGGGAGAGCAGAGGCAGCCAGGACAGGGAUUGCCAGGACAGCCAUCUGCGACAGAGCCUCGCCAGGAGCCGCCUAUGGGGAGAGUUAUCCUGGAGCCAGAGGAGGCGAGAGCCCAGAGACAGGCAGAGAGAGAGGCGUUCGAGUUUAGAGCCCCUACUGAGCUCGCGACGCUGCCGGUGGCGGCGGCAGGCCCGAUUGUACCUUUGGCAGUAGAGGAGGGGUUGCCACCAUCUAGCAGUGAGCCGGCUCAGGGCUCGGCAGAGGGAUCCAUGGGCGUGCUCCUUGAGACGGUGCAUACUAUGCGGGAGGAAGUGAGUUUGUUUUCACCAAAGCAGAGGAUAGAGGAGCCUCUUGAGAGAGAGAUGGGGAUUGAGGAGGAGGGUGCCAUCGAGGGCAGACUCCAGAGGAUAGGCACACCUGAGUAUGGACCAGAGGAGAUUGAGGAGCAGCCCACGGAAGUGCCAGGGGCGACACUCGAGAGGAGGCCUCAGAGGUUAGACACGCCCGAGUACGUCCCAGCGACAGAGGAUUUGAGAGGCAGGCUAGGAUCUUGGGCUACUGGAUCUGGGUCUGGUGGACCGGUUCUUGGGAUAGAGCAGCAGGAGGUCGCUAGUACCGCAGCUCCUCAAGCAGAGCAGCAGGGGGUUGUCAGUACCUUGGUGGGAUCUCCUUCAUCGCCACCUCCUCAGCCCAGGAAGAGGAAGUUCAAGAGAAAGGUAGAUCAGCUAUGUUUUUACUGCAAAAGGGACGUGCAUCUGACUUUGGACUGUCUCGAGUUUCUUGAGGAUAAGGCAGCAGGGAAGAUCUCAGAGGUAGGGGGUAAAAUGUAUGAUAGACAGGGUAGGAUAGUAGAGAAGUCCGCAGAUGGACUUAGGGCUCAGUUAUAUAGGCAAAACCAGGAGGAGUUGAGGAGGUAGGGCUCGGUUUUGUCUAUAUAARUGAGCGAGCAUUUUGUGAGGUAUCAACUUAGGUUCUAUGUGAUACCCUUUUUAACUUAGAAG